GUUUAGAUAAGCGGGUUGCCAAAAGUGUGGGUAUAGAAAGCCGUUUAGAUAUGUUUGAUGAUGGUGAUGCUUUAUCUGAUCUAGAAGGCCAUCUUCCAGAUGAUAAUGAGAUUCUUGUCGAUGAUUUUACCUCAGAAAACGAGAUGGCGAUUUCUAAUUGUAAAUGA